GCGCCGGGCUCCACCUCCUCACAUCCUGCGUGGGUUCGAAGAUGUCAGAUCCCACCAGAGACAAAGCAGUCCGCUUGUUAAAGAAAAGAGGGAGCCUGUCGUCUCUAAGCAGCCAGGAGUUCAAAGUGAAGAGCAAAGAUUCCAUGAGCACCACGUCCUAUGCGGAUGAACCCGGAUCUGCCGGAGAUGGGUCCCACCCUACUGUUUUCUUGGAAAACACAUAUCAGUUGGGCCCUACCCGACGCUUUCCUGUCGUAGCAGUCAACCUCAUUCUGAAAGAUGUGCUGACCACCUACCUACAGAAAGAAAAGUACGACGCAGAACUCAGUCGGCAAAUGGCAAAAACCCUUUCAGAGGUGGUGAAAGCGAGGGUGAAAGACCUGCUCAUCCCCAGGUACAAGAUCAUCGUGCUAGUGCACAUCGGACAACUCAGCGGCCAGAGUCUGCUCAUCGGAAGCAGGUGCCUCUGGGACCCCACAAAUGACACGGUCUCGUCUUACGCAUUCCAAAACAGUUCUCUGUUUGCCCUCGCCAGUGUCUUUGGGGUAUACUAUGAGUGAGGGGCUGGAAAGCCCCGGGUCUCCGGAGAAAAACUCCGGCCAGCUCCGGGAGAGGAGAGGAGAAUGCUCGGGAACAAGCCAGCCUCUCCGUCAGCCGUUGGCAUUUGCAUCGGGAAUAGUCCUGGGGAAGGAGAGGGGCCUGGUGGAAAGAACCUGGG